AUGAAUGCCAACAUCUCGUCCGCACGCGCGAUACGCAUCGUCUGGCGGACCUACGCCUCGACGACGAACACGACGAAACCUGCCUUUGAGACCCCCCAUUCGCAAACACACCAGGUCCCACAUCUUCCAGAAACCCAUAUCAAGUCAUUUGGUACAUCAAAGGUCAUGGCAGGGCCCCAGGACGUCCCCGGAUUGUGGAUUGUUCUUGAGCAAUUCUUCCGUCCGCCAUACACGAUCAUGUAUCCGUUUGAGAAAGGUCCACUUUCUCCCCGCUUCCGUGGUGAACACGCUUUGCGUCGGUAUCCUAACGGUGAAGAACGAUGCAUUGCCUGCAAGCUUUGCGAAGCUAUUUGCCCCGCCCAAGCAAUUACCAUUGAGAGCGAGGCUCGUCAAGACGGCUCGCGGAGAACAACGAGAUACGAUAUUGAUAUGACAAAGUGUAUCUAUUGUGGCUUCUGUCAAGAGGCGUGUCCUGUAGACGCCAUUGUCGAGACUCAAAACCAAGAGUUCUCAACGGAGACUAGGGAGGAAUUGCUAUAUAACAAGGAGAAGCUAUUGGCAAAUGGUGACCGUGCCGAAGCGGAAAUCGCUGCAAACUUGCACUCCGAGCAUGUCUAUCGAUAG